AUGAGGUUCACUCCGAUGUUGGUGCUUUUCGUAGCAAAUUUACUAACAGUAAAUGCCGACGAAAACCGCCAAUCGACGGUGCAACAAACUGAUCACAUUUACGAAAACGUUACACGGUCCCUCUGGUUAUGGGAUCAUCGGAUGAAGUCGUUGGUCGUUCGACGAAGCGACGUUGAUGUCGUUUUGAUGCAUAAAUACGGAAACUUUGAGCUAAGCGAUUUGACAAUUCUCGAUACUACAUUUCGCGAUGCUUUUUUUUCGGGGUGUCACAAUCUCGUUAACUUAGCUAUCAUCAAUAGCGACCUCACUGAGUUGGAGGUCCGUUUUGAAAAACUUGUCAACUUUCGUUUGAUCAAUAGCAAAAUUACACGUCCGGUGAGUUUCAAUCGACUAAAAAACGUCAAACGCCUUACGAUAGAGUCGAUGAACUUCACUUUGAACGGCUUAAGCCAGCUUGAUCAACUUAAUAUUCAUUCAUUGGAAUUAAAAAAUUUAGAAAGGACCGACGAUGUCAGUUUGAGUGAAGUAAACCUACCACUACUGGAUACUUUCAGGGUUGAAUCCGUAUCGUUGCAAGGUCUGAAUAUGUCGUGUUGGAUUUUUCCCAAUUUGAGAGUCCUGGAACUGAUCGACAAUCAGCUGUUGGAUGUUCCGGAUAAUAUUGCCGAGUUUCGUCAGCUAAAGUUACUCAUCAUUCAAGGCAACAAUUUUAGCCAACAUCAGCUGGAACCCUAUGCGGAUUUUAACAAUCUAACGUCGCUUAAUCUGACCGACAACGAAAUCCGGCAAUUUUUGCUGACAGAACCUAUCUCACUGCCCGAGCUGGGCGAGCUCAUCAUUGCCAACAAUAUGCUGGAGGAACUGACUUGUCUGGAAAACCUUCAAAUGCCCAAGCUCAAUCUGAUCGAUCUUCAAAACAAUCGCAUCGCCAGCUUCGAGAUCCUUGUUCCGAUGAAAACUAGGAUCCCGCACCUUCUUUUAGUGGUUUCGAAACAAGAGGUUUGUGAAUCUACGCUUUCUGACGAGGAAAAGGAAAUGGUCUUUGGGGUUCAGUGUGAAGUAUCUAUGUAA